AUGAAGCAACACUCUCUGUUGUCACUACGUAAGCAGACCCCCCCCCCCCCAUCCUCCUACCUAACUUCAACUCUAACUGGAGAUCAUUCAGCUCAUCCGCAACAAAUUCUGGCGUGCGCGAAUAACCCUGGAGUGCUCCUCAACACACUUCAAUCGCCCACCGGAUGCUUCACCACUCUUGUCUGUUUCAAAGCCGGCGGUUUUAAGGCUGGAACUAGUCUUGAGGUCAGUCAACAUCCAUUUGUGCUUAAAAAAUUUGCAAAAUGUACUACAAGUUGUCCUACAAAAAAAUUUAGAUAGACAACGAACGUUUGGCGAGUGGCCUAUUUACCACAAAUAGCUGGGGGGAUACUGUAGUUUUUGUGAUUGCAAUUGUGACAGGUGAUCGGUGUGCCGGACAUGAAGAGUUACAGCUGAUGAAAAUCUGGCAGUGGUAGUGCCAAAAUAGUGCUUUCUGUUGAAAACUGAAAAGCUGAAAACAAAAGAUGGGAGAUGAGUAAAAUCUAGAAAACAUCAAUUGCUAGGGACCAACUUACUUCGGACAGUUUUGCAAAUCUGCGUAUUUUGUUGUACUAUACCCCCCCCCCUUUCUCCGUUUUCAUAAUCUUUGCCAAACUUCAAUUCCACUUUUUCAGUUGCCCGAUGCGUGGUGGCGUUUCGCCAAAGAAAGUAGUCAUUCGGCGAACAUCGUGCAGUCGAAAGUCAUCACUGACAUUGCAUGCGGCGCCGAGAUAGUCGUCUGUGGAACGCCAGAAGACAGAAAACCGGAUCCGGAAGAGCCGGCGAUGAGCGAUGACGUGGCAAGCGGCGCUGACUCUGUCAAAGGUUACAGUUACUUUGGAGCCGCUCAAAGACUUUUAAUUUCACAAAUUUCUUUGUUUUUUUACCGGAACAGAAUAGGAGUGAAGGAGCAAAAGACGAAUUACUUACGGACGUCUCAUUGGAAUUCUAAUUAUCCGCUCGCCGCUCUAAUCCAAUUUUGGACCCUUUACUCUUUAGACGGGAAAAAACAGAGAAUGAAAGAUGGAUAUUUACUUAGUGGUGAACGGAAUAGAGAAAUUCCGUCUUGCAGACGCCGGAUUCUCGUGCCAGCGGUGCGGCAAAGUGUUCAGCUACGAAUACUAUCGGGAUAAACAUCUGAAGUACACUAGAUGCGUCGACAAUGGGAAUCGGAAGUUUCCAUGUACCAUUUGCAGUCGGUAAUGCUCAAAUACAGACCUUGAAUAGACACUUUCACAAGUGGCACAUGCUACAGUAACCGAGCCGCGAGUUGAGCACUUGUCAAGUGUCGAACAAACAUGAAAACACAUUAUCCUUUUCCGAUGCCAUUCACAUUCACAUAUUUUACAGGUCUUUCGAGAAGCGCGAUCGGCUGCGUAUCCACAUACUUCAUGUUCACGAGAACCACCGCCCACACACGUGCUCCGUGUGCCAGAAAGCAUUCAGUCAAUCAAGCAGUCUCAACAAGGUAAUCUUGGCGACAAUUGACCAGUUGGCGCGUACUUCUCAUCGCCCGCACUCGGAUAAACCUGCUUGGUUGCCGGUAAAUGAUAUGUACAGUCAAGUCCGAAUGGUAAAGGAGAUUGACUGGAAAUCAAUUGGGCUCUAGGGUCGGGCCAAUUGCUCAUCAAGUUGUACUGAAAACUUUUCACAAAACCUAGGAAGUUUAUAGGAAAAACCAGAAGACAUGAGUGAUUAUUCAGAAUAUUUCCGAUUUUUGGGCGUUUUUUGUCCCUUCACACACUUCCCUUUCUUUCCAGCACCUUCGCGUCCACUCUGGAGAGCGCCCUUACAAGUGUUCUUUCUGCCCGAAGGCCUUCACAGCCUCUUCAAUUUUGAGGACACACGUCCGACAGCACAGCGGCGAGAAACCAUUCAAGGUAGGCCAGAGAACGUUUGAAAUUUUGAAUUCACAUAAUCUGCGAUUGAUCUGCUUUGGAAACAAAUGCGGACAUGCCACGCCUGUCUGUUCGGGUUCAAAUCACAAAAAUUGCGCCAUCAUCUUUUUUGUUCCGUUUGUUCAUUAAUGAGAAUGGACGAAAAAGCGAAAACGCUAGAAAACCAGUACAAUGUGUUCUUGGACGAAGGAAGGUCGUCUAAUUUGACACUCUUGUCCCACAAUAAGAUGAUCAAUCACGUAGUCGAAUGAUCAGUAACAAACGCCGUCCAGUUUUUCGCGCAAAUCGCAAAGAUGUUGAAUGAGAAUUCGUAAUGAGCGAGAGGCAAAGCUUUUGGACCCAAUGAUGUAAUAUGUAGAACACUUUUGAAGACCAUGAAAGAUUUUGAAGUUCUGACCGUACCUUGUUUUGUUGAAAUGCGAUUGCAGCCAAGAAAGGAAAAACAUCCAACCCGAUGAUUGAUUAUGUGACUUAAUGUAAUCUUGUCAGGUCAUGUAGUUAUCCCAAAUAAUCAUACGACUUGCUGAUCUGUGUUGCUGUUCCUUGCCGAAAACCAAGUCAUUAGCAGUCAAUGACAGAGAUCGAAACAUCAAUUCCAUUUCGGAUAAACUUAUCUUUUUUCAGUGCGCCCACUGUGGAAAGGCGUUCGCCUCUCACGCUGCCCAUGACAGCCACGUCCGACGAUCCCACAUGAGUCAAUCUUAA